GAAUUCAUCUCUCUCCCCGCUUGCACCAUCUGCUCACGUGACUCCCACAAUGCUGCUCAGCAUCACAGCAGCCAUCUUGGUCAACACCCACUCGGUUGCAGCGCACACAGCCAAUCCAGUUAGCUUGAGUGGGGGCUGUGCGGAGUGAGACGGGGAGAGCGAGAGAGAGACAGUUGUGAUUGUUGCUCCACCACUGAGCUGUUUGCAGCAUCUCAGUCCUCUUGUCCUGCUGAGCGAGCACGGAAAGCAGCCUAAAUUCUAUGCAAAGGAUUUUCUCCUGAUUCACUCGGGGACACAAAAGGGGACUUUAUUUAUUUAUUUAUUUAUUUAUUUAUUAAAAAAAAGGAAUCCACACAAGAAGAAAAGCAUCUUGCUUAGUACUGCCGUGGCUGCUGUUUUCCUUUCAUUGCUCUUUAUCCCAUUGUUUCCUCGUCCUCCUAGCUUUCAAGGGCUGUUGGUAGGAGGUUGUUUUCAUUCCUAUUUAAUCUGUAUUCUGCUCUGUAUUUGGACCCUUGGGUGAGGGAGGCCAUCGUUGUUGUUGUUGUUGUCGUAGUCACUGGGCCUCACAGCUGAGUCAUGUCGGAUCUGACGCCACAGAGCGAGGCGCCCACCCCCACCACAGACAAGAUCACGCAGGCUGCCCGCGAGACCAUCUACCUGUGCAACUUCCGCGUGUCUGUGGACGGCGAGUGGCUGUGUCUGCGUGAACUCAAUGACAUCUCGCUCACUCCCGAACCUGAGCCAGCGCACGAAGAUCCCAAGGACCCCAUCGCCAUUGAGAGGCUUAACCUGAUGAACAUGGCCAAGCUGAGCAUCAAGGGCUUGAUUGAGUCAGCUCUAAACCUGGGCCGCACACUGGACUCGGACUACGCCCCACUUCAGCAGUUCUUCGUCGUGAUGGAGCACUGUCUUAAACAUGGACUCAAAAGCAAGAAGACGUUCCUCGGGCAGAACAAGUCGUUUUGGGGUCCUCUGGAGCUAGUGGAGAAGUUGACUCCAGAAGCUGGUGAAAUCACAGCUAGUGUCAAAGACCUUCCUGGCCUCAAAACUCCUUUAGGAAGAGGCAGAGCAUGGCUGAGACUGGCCCUCAUGCAAAAGAAGCUCUCAGACUACAUGAAGACCAUCAUUAACAGAAAGGAUCUUUUAAGUGAGUUCUAUGAGCCCAAUGCUCUGAUGAUGGAGGAAGAGGGAGCUGUAAUUGCUGGAUUGUUGGUGGGACUCAAUGUGAUUGAUGCAAAUUUGUGCAUGAAGGGAGAAGAUUUGGACUCUCAGGUUGGUGUGAUCGAUUUUUCCAUGUAUCUAAAAGAUGGAGGUCACAGCAGCAAGAGCACAGAGGGUGAUGGACAAAUCACAGCAAUCCUUGACCAGAAAAAUUAUGUUGAGGAGCUCAACAGACAUUUAAGUGCUUCUGUGAAUAAUCUUCAAGCCAAAGUCGAUGCCCUUGAAAAGUCCAACACAAAACUUACAGAGGAGCUUGCAGUUGCAAACAACAGAAUCAUCACUUUGCAAGAGGAAGUAGAGAGGAUGAAGGAGGAAAGCUCUUACCUUGUGGAGUCCAAUCGCAAGUCAUUGAGACCAGAUGGAGCUGCAGACGGCCAAGUACUUGGGGAAACUCGCAAGCAGCUCAAAGAGGAAACUCAGCUCAGACUGGAUGUAGAGAAAGAGCUGGAGGUGCAGAUCGGGAUGAGACAGGAGAUGGAAUUGUCUAUGAAGAUGCUGGAGAAGGACAUUUGUGAGAAACACGAUGCGCUGGUGGAGCUCAGACAUCAGCUCGAUGAUCUGCGCAGAAUCAACCAUGAGCUCUCCCACAAGACCCAGAGCUCAGAGACCAGUGUGAAACAGAAGAGUGAGAUCAUCAGUCGCUUUGAAGAGAAAACAAACCAGAUGGCUGCCACUAUUAAACAACUGGAGCACAGCGAGAAAGACGUGGUCAAGCAAGCACGGAACUUGAAUUUGGCUGCAGGAAAACUGCUGCAAAAGCAACAAUAGAUCAUUUUUGCAAACGCAUAUUAAUAGUUUCAUCAAUACAUAUCCUCAAUUUGACUUUGCAUAUCAUAGAAACAACUAGGAUAUUUAUUUUCGAAUGGGGUCGCGAUUCCUUUCUCUUUCCUCAUGGACUACCAUGUUUUUGCUUCUACUGUGAAUAUCACACUCCACACAAGCGCUCCUCCUCUCUUAGUCUUUCCAGCAUUUUUUUUUUUGUGGUUCGCCAGAUACAAAAUACAGCAGUUUCAGAUAGUGUGAGAAAGACUCAAGAUUUGCUUAAUAUCCAACAGCUUUUUAUUGUUUGAUUAAGUUUUUGGGGGGGUUCUGAGUUUAUAUGUAGGAAAUGUUAACAUAACAAUGCAUCUCUCGUAUCUCUACAGUGUAUCUCUUUACUCUUUGAAUAACCGAACUUCAGGAUGUUAGAACGGAGGCUUUGGAUAUCAAAAGCUUUAACAUGGUAACUAGAUCUGGUUAAACAUGUACCAUUAGUUAUUUGCAAAGUACGUCAUUUUUUUCAAUACUCUUUCUGGCCAGUUUUUAACUUCAUAUUUUGGCCUAACUUAUGUUUUGACGUUUAAGCCCUGUGAUAUUGCAGAAGUGAAAUGGACCUUGAUAAGCGACCACUCACCUGUGUGUAAGUUGAGUGUACUGAAUUAUGCUCCUGAGUGUAAAAAAAAUAUGCAAUUGAUUAAAGUGAAAGCAUACACUCAGGAGAUUUCGCUUUGGUAGAAGAACGUGAGCUUAAAUAACAUUGACAUAAUAUCAGCUCGAGUCCGAACUGACAGCAGAUGUGAUGCUGGUGGAGGUUAAUGCCAAAUGUGAACGGUGUGGUCCUCUAUUAAACCCCAAAAUAAAUUCUUCAAGGUUUCUGUACACGAGGUUGUUCUCUCGAUUGCAAUUAAAUGAUGAAAGUGUAUGUGGACUUUAACAAUCUAUGUAAAAUGUAGUACAGUAGCAUAAUAAAGAUCAAAUCCAACACUUGAGCUUUCUUCACUUUCUUUGACUUUCCAUAUAGCCUCUACAUUUCCUACACUCAUCCCCUUGUCUUAGGAUUUUACUUUUUUUCCUGCUUGUUUUUGUCUCUUUCUUGUUCAUUUCGGUUUGACGUUAUUGAGAUUCUCCUCCCUGUCAUGGCAUUUUAGUUCUCAUUUUUUA